UGCCAUAUGUAAUUAAUUAUUUGUGUCUUUCUUAUUGGCAUUGACUUUAGCUUCAGCAGUAUCUUUUAAUAAAUAUCUGUAAUGAUUCUUUCAUGUCACAAGUAUUACAGUAGCAUGUAAGUAAUGAAUUAUUUUACUCUAACAUGGAAAUAAUUGAUCUUAAUUUUCACUUUACUUCAUUCCCAAUUGUAAACAGAAUGGAAAGAGGACAAAUAAAUAAACCAAGUAUUGAUUUGUUUUAAGCAUUUGCUAUUAUUGAUAUUUCUUACUCUGAGAUUGUUAUUAAUUAACUGCCAGACUGGUAUACUGAUAGAAAUUUUGAAUAACAAAGAAAUUCUUAAUUGUUUUUGAAACAGCAAUUUUAUGUAUUACUUUGAAAAUAUUCUUAUAUUUAGGUCACUGUGGAGACGCAGUCAUUAAAGUUUGAAAAAUUAGCAAGAGUGGCUGCUGGUGAGAGCUUCUUGGUGGUUCCCAAAAUUAAGUGCAUAUCACAUGUCCCCAUCACACUCACCAACUCCUCACUGGCUCUGGCUAAUGAAGUAAAUCAAGUUGGAACAGAGGCAAAGUCACAGGUUAUGAAUACAGUACUUUCUGAAGGAGAAAUAGGUGUUGACUGUUUCUGUGUUUUGCUUAGCAAAAAGGCUACUCCAAAUUCAGCUUUAACUCUUGGGCAGUAUGUCUUGUAUUGGAAAAGAUUUUUGACUGUCAUGUACAGAUCUGACAAUGACUCGCCCGCUGUGAGUGUGAGCGUAGGGUUGCCGUCACUGAUGGUGGAACACUGGGGGGUGUGGGUGGACUGUGAAAUAGCCCCUCAGGGAACAGUGCGCACACCAUUAGCUCUGGCAUACAUCAUAUCAAAUCAUGGUGUGCACACAGCAGAGCUUGCCCUCAACAUGCAAGUCUCAGAUGCAUUCAUGUAUGCAGGACACAAGGAGGUAGGUUUUCUGUAUAAAUGUUUCCUGUAUGUAUUACCAUAACAUAUCCUUUGAGCACCCUG